UUACCGAAUUUUCUCCGUAAAUACUGAAAACUAAAUUUAAUUGCAUCCCUCACGUUGUCGUGGCAGUCCCUCCCCGCCAGCGUUUCUUUUGAUAAUUCUUUUCACGUGUUACUGUUUUUCGUCAUUUCUUCAUCCCUUCCAGCCGGCGCUCCCCAUCCCCUGUUUUUACUUCAGCAUCCCUUUUGUUAAUUUUUUCCCACUCUGCUUUCAGUUUUAUUUUUUUCUUCUUUUUCCCUCGGACCGAUCGCCGUUUGUUUAUCACUCACGCUGAAUUCUUGCUCCGAUUUUCAAACCACUCCGGCCUCGCAGACGAUAUCUGAAUUGAGGCUACUUUUUUUUUUGUUUCUCUUGGGCUUUUUGUUUUAUAGAGCCACGAGCCACAAGUUGAGUUGACUAAUGGCAUUUAUCACUUAAUUGUGGUUUUCUAUUCUACUCAUUUUAGGUUUUCCAUCGGCCUAACGCAUUACCUGGCCUUGCUACAUCUUUUUUUCUCUCUGCCCAACUGUGGAAGGUUACUUUACAAAACUUUCUUAUCAUGAGUCGUCCUCACUACCCAAUUCAUGAUUCCUUCUUCAUUGCUCCUGGCAACUGACAAUUAAAAGCUCUGGUCCCAAAUGUGCGUCAAUUCAUUCAUUCAUGCUGGAAUCUACUUAGAAUGAAUCAUGAUACGUAUGCCUCGAAUUUUCCACUAAACCGAUCCCCCCGGAUCAGUUCAAAUCCACGUUUGCUCCGACUGCCUGCCGAUUUAGUACUUAAAUAUUGGACAACAAUGCAGUGAUAAAUUUCUGAUAUUUCGCACCCCCGGCUUGAUUGUUCAAAGUUGAGCCGAUGUUCGAACUUUUGAGGUAUCCCAGAACUUCUGAGAUCGCGUCAAAACUGAGACACCACUUCGCGCCAGUAUGCACCUAUCUUAUUUUCUGCCUGUCCUAUGUUGGUCCAACUCGAAAGUCGAGCUUGUUAUUGUUGUGAUUAUGUGCUACCGAGGACAAUAAUUUCUGCUAACAUGCGUGUUUCACCUCUGAUUUCGAUCAAUUCAUCCCUCGAAAUGUAACAGAGCAGCUGUAAUCAUUAUUUGACAGUGGUAUUAGAUGGAGAAGAACAAAAGUUAAUACUGUAACCUGCACUGACCUCAGAAGCCGCGACUAUGUCUGGCUACUAUAAUGAGUCUGAUAAUGUGAUAGAGAAUAGUGGGGAGGAUUGGUCCUCCGCCGCAGACUCUAAUAUGGCAAGUCAGCAUUAUUGUCUCCGGUGGAACAACUACCAAUCCAAUAUGACCUCUGUAUUCCAUCAUCUGCUCAGGACUGAAGCUUUUGUCGAUGUAACGCUGGCUUGCAAUGAAAAUUCUCUCAAAGCACACAAGGUUGUUUUGUCAGCAUGUUCAUCGUACUUUCAAAAAUUAUUAAUCGAAAACCCAUGCAAGCAUCCUACCAUUAUUAUGCCUCAAGAUGUGUGUUUCAAUGACCUCAAGUUUAUCAUAGAGUUUGUAUAUCGUGGUGAAAUUGACGUUUCUCAAGCAGAAUUACAAUCGCUGCUGAAGACAGCCGACCAAUUAAAAAUCAAAGGAUUGUGUGAAGUGCCUGAGCGUAGUAGCAAGGAAGGAACCCCCACAGCUGAAGUCACGCCUCUUCCGCCCGUGCAACAAAGCACCUCACCUAUCAGAGGAAGGACUAAAAUGCAAAGGAGGAUGUCUGGCACAAAGAGGAGAUUCAAUGAACAGUAUCCCAAUAACAUCAACAAGAGGACUUUUUACGGCAGGGAAAACAAGCCGCAACAAGUCCAGAGUCAUCAGAGUCAAAUUAUUCAAACCUCGGUUACGGCAGAUAUGUUGGAGUCUAACACUGGCCAUGAUAACCAGGUUUGUUUCAGCAACCUACUCAAGUUACCACCCAUGACCAAUUGUAUGACUGUAGCCACAUCAACUGAAGAAGAAAAUGAUUGCAAAAGCAACAUUGAGCUGAACGUUCUGAAUUUAGACCAACAGCCUCAAUCUCAACAACCACCACAACCCGUGCUUCACGAAAAUGGACAUGGUACGCCGCAUGCUACACCUCACGGAACUCCACAUGGGACUCCACAUGGAACACCGCAUGGGACACCACAUGGAACACCUCAUGGAACGCCCCAUGGCACUCCCCAUUCACAGCAUGAAAGUAGAUUAGUUAUGACGAGUCCUGCGCCAAUCAUGUCCACUACGCACACGCCUCCCACCAAUAUGCAACCUCAUACGCUUCAACCAAUGACCAACUGUAUGACGGUGGCUACAUCAACAGACGAAGAAAAUGACUGCAAGUCAAAUAUAGAGCUAUCAGUUUUGUCGUUGGAUAACCCUCAGCAAGGCCCCCAGCCACAACAACCACAACCUCAACAAGCGCAAGGAGUGCAACACGAUUCAACAUCUUUGAUGUCUCUGGAUGGGCAGGGGCCACAAUCGCAGCAGCCAACGCCUCAACCAGUGCCGCACGAUGAUCAGAACCACAAUCAUGGUCAUGGGCACUCAACACCUCAGCCUCAACCACAACUCCACUCGCAAGAAAACAGGGUGGUGAUGACCAGCCCUGCUCUCAUCAUGUCAACCACACUUACCCCUCUGACAACCAUCCAACCAACAUUUUCUGUGUUGCAGAAUCCUCCAGGGGGAGAGGACGAGCAUACAAUGCAUACGAUGAUGAUCACCCCGGAACUGUUAGGCCUUAUACCAUCCUCCUCUGAUGUUAGCAAUGAUAGCAAAUCGGGCAUAGUAACAUCUGGUACUAUCUGUAAUAAAGCGUGGACCCAAGAAGAUAUGGAUAUGGCCCUAGAAGCGCUACGCAAUCAUAACAUGAGCCUAACUAAAGCAUCAAUCACCUAUGGCAUACCUUCAACAACGCUGUGGCAAAGAGCUCAUAGAAUGGGCAUUGACACACCGAAGAAAGAUGGACCUAAUAAGUCAUGGAAUGAGGAUAUUUUAAACGUUGCGCUAGAAGCUCUCAGGAAUGGUUCAAUAUCUGCCAAUAAAGCCAGCAAAGCAUAUGGUAUCCCCAGUAGCACCUUGUAUAAAAUAGCAAGGCGUGAGGGCAUCAGGCUAGCUCAACCGUUCAAUGCAGCACCAACAACUUGGAAUCCUGAUGACCUUGAACGAGCGUUGGAUGCCAUUAGGUCUGGACAAACAACGGUGCAGAGGGCUGCUACUGAGUAUGGAAUUCCUUCUGGUACAUUAUAUGGAAGGUGUAAGCGAGAAGGUAUUGAACUGUCACGUAGCAAUCCAACACCAUGGUCUGAAGACGCCAUGUUGGAAGCUUUAGAAGCUGUGAGAAUGGGUCAAAUGAGUAUCAACCAAGCUGCAAUUCACUACAACCUCCCUUAUUCUUCUUUGUAUGGAAGGUUUAAACGUGGGAAGUAUGAAGCCGACCAUCCGGAUCAAAUCAACGUCGACUCAUCGUCACCUCCUGCCCAACAGCAGCAGACCCUCUCACCAAUGUAUUUCGUGUAAAGUUGUAAAUUUGAAUAUUUUCGUAAAUUUUUUUCUAGCAGUUCAGCAGGUUGAUGCAAUCUGCCGUAAAUGUUCUUUUAUCUGAACAUCUGUCGUAUUAAAUAUGUUCUUUUUGCAUCACAUCGUGUCAAAAGCUGUGAGGUUGGAAUUCCUGGAUAGCAGAAUUAAAUUAGACUGCUAGAAUUAAACUGUAGCAAUUGCUUCAGUUAAAAAAUCAAUGAGUGUUACAUAUAGAUCCAAUUUAUGUGAAGAUUUGCACAAAAGAUAACUUUCUGUGGCAAAUGAUUGGUAUUAAAUUUCAACCUUCGAGGUCUUGAAAGACAGGGUCAAAAUCUCCCUGCUUCUACUAAUUCCACAGCCUCUGUAAGCACACCUUCAUCUGUCCAAAACAAUGAAAGUAUAACCUUCAUUCCUUUUUUUUUUUUCUUUUUUUUUUUUCUUUAAUUUUGUAUCCAUGAAAGUGAUGGUAAAAAAUUAUUCGGAAGUCUUAAGUGAAUACAGCAUUUUCAUUGCGUUAGUGCACAGUGAAAAGUAUUAACAGAAUGGUAUUUUUGUCAUUUACGUCAGGCAAUCAAAUUGUCUCGACAUUACCUCUUUAUUGGUGUGUAUUUAAUGUGGUGAAAACUUACAGCAAUGUUUUCAAAAUAUUAUUCAAUUGAAUUUUAUUCUUCCAUAGUUUAUCAGUUGAUGAGAUAAUUGAUUAUUCAUUCCUCAUUGCAUUUAUCCCAAAAUCAAAUGUUUGUUUUUUUGUUUUUUAAUUUUCUGGUAACUCGUCCUUAAUGUCAGUAGGUUCUCUAUGUGCCUAUGAAAUUAAGGUUGUCACAAUCUCGGAUAAUCUUCAUGUACUGGGAUCUUUUGAAUUACGAAUUCAGAACGAAACUGGCUGAACUAUAACAUUUCGAUCACAACAUUAGUUUUGCCGCUUACCGUAAGAUAGUUGCCGCUGGACGGCAGGUUAGACAGAGCGAUGACCAAGUUUUCAUCAUGGGUUGAUAAAGAGAUAGCAUCAGAGUAAAUAAAUUCCUUACCUUGUCAGUAUUUCACUUCUGACUAAUGUUCCAAUCAUUUGUUCAGCCAGUGUAGUAUUCAGAAGUAAUAUAAUGAGGACUUACAGCAUUCCUUCUGUCCUAUGUAUAUCUCUAACUAGGUCAAUAUUGUGCAGCCUAAAUGAAGCCAUCAAAUCUUCAUCACACGUUUGUUUAAAAAAAAUCCUGUUUUUUAGAACUCAUUGACGCCAUGAUGUGCAAUAACGAGGGCAACUUGCAUGAUCCCAUGAUCAAUGGUUUUGCUGCUUUUCUGCAUGAUGUCUUUGUUUUUGAAAGAUGACAUUGUUUUCACAUUCAACUAAAUCCGAGAAUCCGAAACUUAUUAUGUAUCUGAAAUCAUUGAGAUCGUUUACUAACAAAUCGGCUGGAUUUUACGUGAAUAAUGUAAUAAUACAGGAUGUCAACAUGAAAAGCAGGCUUUCACGUUUGCAUGAACUCAAUACUUUCUGUGGUCUCUUUUAAAUGUACAUUCUUCAAUCUGCUUUCCUCUUGUCUUCGAAAGCUCAUGUCUCAAAGGGCCUGAAUUUCUUUUACUUCCAAUCGACAGUCUGCUCUGGGAAGUUUAUCUUCUACCUUAGGGUGCUGUCAUGUUGUUUGGUGCUCAUUUUUCCCUCAGGCCAUGAAUUUAAUUCAAAAAAUGCCUUAAAAUUUCAAUAAUUUUUUAGCCAGUAAUAAAAAGAACAUAACGACAGUAGCGCCUUCCAACUGAGAUUCUAGGAUACUAGUAGUUGGCCAAAAUUUCAAGGAACACCUCGCACUGCUGAUAAGAAAUUUGUUCUCAGAUACAAAGUUGUUCCUUUAACCAGUGGCUUCAAUCUCCCAAAUUCUAUUCAAAUAACUCCAAUUGAUGGUCACAGCAGUAAAUAUAUCAAAGAAAGUAAAUUGACAGUGCGCCUGUUCGAGUGAAAUCUACCUUUACAAAGGUAUCAUGAUACGCAGUUAAAUCUGAAACCAUAGCUACCUCUUUUUGACCAGUCCCUCGCCUGAGGAGACAGUGUUUGCUCAGAAUAUCUCAUUUGGUUGAUCGUACCCGUCAGGAAAUUUUGUCAUUUUGGUUCAGAGAAAAACUUGAACAAACUAAAGAAUUUUUUUCCUCUAGUAGUUUUCACCAUGGCUGGCACAGCUCAGUAUUGUUCAGUUCAUAAACCGUGCUUCUAGUGUUGAGUAGGUUCCGCUUCGGGGCUGAGCACUCAUAAUUAUUUCAUUAAGUGCAUUUUAAUUGGUUUUUGGAGGAUUGUAUUACUUAGAUCCAACUAGUAAUGGAAGCGUGAGAAAGUGUAACUUUCAGGUCUGGGUCGACAAGUGAUACCCGUUUUCUGUCGAUGACAGGAUUUUUUUAUUUAUUUAUUAUUUUUUCUCUCUUUUUUUUUUUUUUUUUGUUUGUUAAAUAAUAGGUACCAAUAAACUUUUCCAAGAUGGAAAUUUAAUGUCUGUGAUCUGUAAAUAAAUCUUUCGAUUGUAGUCAAAUUGUAUUUAUGCAGCUUUGAGCUGGAGGUGUAGCAAGUCAAUUGUUUUUUUUCUUUUUUUCUCUGUCUUGCAGAAAUGUUGUAAAGUUUAUUGUUCUUUGUUUGCUCCCUUUCCAAUUUACCACUUUUCCGCUUGAGAGUAGCUUUAAAUUGAAAAGUGUUUGGAAGACUGAAACGGGGUCCUUUUCAGAAAGGCAAGUGUUAGCAUAAUAAAUAAUUAUAGAUACUAGGACUUGAAUAUUGAUAGAUUUUCUCCUAUUUUUGAAGCAAUUUGUCUGAAAUAUCUAUUUCUUCACCCCUUGAAACUUGGCAAGGAAAUGACUUCGAAGCCGUGGUUCAUUGUAUUUCAAUGGUGAAAGAAAUCGAUGAUCACCUGAAGAUUCCUGCAAAAUCAUUUGCAUCUGAGUUUUGGCGCUAGCUUUUUUGUGGAUGCAGGAAGCUUGCGUCCGUUUAAUCUACAGGUGAUAUAAACAGGCUAUAAGGAUGGUAAAAGUGAUAGCAGAAAGUUUUCCUGGUAAAGAAGAAAAGCUUUAAGAAAUGAGGAAGAAGUUUAAAUAAAAUUGACCCAGAGCCCAAUCAAACUCCCUCUCAGAAAUGCUGUUCAGAAGCUCACUUGUUCUAAACCAUCGUUUUUUGUUUCAAGUCAAGUUUGGCUGUACUUCCAUUACAAAAUCUGCCAUCUUGUAUGUAACAGAUUUUUAGACCUCUUGACUUGUCUGCAUUCUUUAGUGAGUCGUCCAUAAUUUGAGGGAGGGGGGGGAUGGUCAAAAUUACCACUCGGGUGGCUCAAAACUUUAAAUUACUAUUCUGGAUAAAUUCUGCGUAAUAUUGACAUUGAUUGAAACAAAAAUUUUAAAGAUAGGCUUUAAAUCCUGCUAUUAAGGGAUGAUAUCUUUAAAAUCAGUUUUUAGUUACCAUUGGUCAGCACCCUCCUCAGAAGAUUUGCUUCAAUAUGUGUGAAAAAUUAGCAUCUGUUUGUAUGCUACAUCUUUUUUCUGCCUUCUUUUAAGGUAUUUUCUGAUAGCUCCUAGUAGUUUGAAAAAGCUGAGAACUGAAUAUGCUUUUUGAAAUGCAUUCUGCACCUCAAGCUGUGUUUUCCUUGAAAACAAGGCUUCAAGAACUUGUUAGCUUUUAGAAAAUGUAAACCAGUGAAAUAAUCCGUAGUUUUGAUAACCCGCAGUAUGUUUACUAAUUGUUUUGUUUUCAGAGUUUAAUACUAUUGUUCUUUCUUUUUUUUAACCCUCACCCUUCUUCAUGUAUGCAUCAUGUUAGCUUUAAUAUUGAUGUACGAAGAAGGUCCCUCAGUAACUCUCCAUCUCAAUAUUGAUAAAUUCAUAGUCCGUAUGAAGAAAGUUUUUAGGUGCCAGCCUUUGGGAGGGUAUUCAAGAGGUCCCAGUGAGCUGUUUCAUAGUAAUUCAUAAAUGAAUUGUACGUAAUCUUUAUGUUCUUUUGAGCUUGAUGAGUUCUGCUGAUAUUGGCAACAUUUGGAAACACUCUAAAAUAACUUACAAAAGACUGAUAUCGCUUUAAAUGUCAAUAUCUUCCUUUUUCUGUACAUUUAGCUAUUUUUCUCGCUUAAAUCAUAUUUUUCGUAUGAUUUGAUAAUCGUGUGUACAUAUUAACUACUCGCAUUGAUCCUCUGAAACUGAAGGUGACAGUUUUAAAACUAACUUUUGUUUACUUUGAUUCUUUUUUUAUUAUUUUUCCUAAUCUCGCAUUAGCAUCAACAAUUGGUUAUGUGUACUUCAAGUUUGUAUGCUCCACACCUCUAAAUGAGUUUAAAGAAUUCUGAAAUUCAGUCUCUUUGUGUAUGAGAGUGUAUUUGUAAGCUUAAGCUACCUAUGAAUUCUUGUUAGAUAGGAUUCCUAUUAUCAUCACUCUGAGUAAGCAUCUGAUGGAACGAGAAUUUUUUGUCACAACGGAUGAACAUAACAUGAAUUUUAAUGCGUCAUCUCAAUGAUGCCGUUUGGAUACUCCCAGACCAACCUGUGAAUCCCAAUAUUCGUAAUGAUCAUUAAAAUUUUGUUUUUCUAUUAUUGGGUAUGCAAAAAGUAAUCUAAGCACAUGUAUAUGAACAUUCUUACCUAUUAUAGAAAAGAAGUCCGCAGCACUUCACUCCAGAUAGUUAAAGUUUGCCGAAUUCUCUGCAGCUAAAAUGAAAUUAUUUUAUUUAGGUAUCUACCGUAAAAUUGUAGCAAGAACAUUUUAUUCCUUUGGUUAGCAGAUUCAGAUCAAUUCAAGAAUCGAACCCAGUUUUUUUACCCCUGCUGCAUGUAUAUUAUAAACGUAUGUAUUUCUUACAUAGAUUUGUCUCAGGAAAUACCAUUUGCCCUCAUCCUCUCAUUGUUGUUUUAACAAACCAAUAAGAAGAGUGUUAUCAAGAUGGAAUGUGGUGAAAACACAAGUGCACUGCGAGACUCGGUAAUAUAUCAAAUUUUGAAUGACAACAUCUUCCAUUAGAGUGAAGUUAAGCAAUACAAUCGCAUCUAACUUGCUAUGUUUCAAAAUCUCAUCUCUUACUUUGAUUUUUUUUCAGGAAACCAACCAACAUCCUCACUGUAAAGUUAUCGCAAUUUUUUUCACCUAUAUGAAGGUUGUUUCCACUAAAUUUGAAACGUUUGUUAUAUUCCUUCCAAAAAAUUAUAAAAGGAGAUGUGAUUUUGAAACAUCACAAAGUAGAUGUGACUGUCUUGCUUAACUGCAUCCAUUUAUAUUCAGUUGGUCCUUGAAUCUUUGUUAUUCUAGGGAUCUUUUCAUCUUAAAUAAAUCAAAGAAGACUGUUUUUAUUACCUGUGCAACUGACCCCUCUACACUAAUCGUCGACGGAUCAUAAAGUUCCUUCUUAGGUUCAUAACUUUUGAUGGAAUGGCUCGUAAGCACCUGGACCCCUCUGCCUUCCUCUAUUGAGACAUUAGAUGCUUCUUAUUUUGAUUGAGUUAUCGAAGGCAACCAUCAUAAGUAUGCAGAAAUAUGUAAUAGAAAGUAGCAAACUUUAGUCUAGUCCAUGCUUAGCUCAUUGUAAAGAAACUAAGUGUAUUGACCACUAAUGUACUAGUACUAACAUCUAGCUAAAACAGUUGGUUUGUUUUCGAUUAAAGUAAUCUUUCUGAUGUCAUAAAAGAUGCUCUCAUUAUGAUAGAGAAAAUAAAAAUUUAAAUAAUGCUUUUAUUGUAAAAUCAUUAAUUAUGAGUGAUGAUGACCAUUUAAUGGACCCAGUAGUGUAAGAAACAUUUUCGUUGCUUAUACUUGAAUUCAUCCUUUUAUUUAAUUUUGGGAUCUGUUUCAAAAUCUGUGUUUUCAAAUUAUUUUUCCCACAAAAUGUAGUUAAAUUCAAGAACUUGACUGGUGUUUGUGACUCUAAGUUUUCUUCAUCAAAUUUAUCAGCUUCUCUUUUAUUUUUAAUCAUCUGAAUGACCAUAGAUCAUCUAAAAUUUUCUUAUGAAGUUUGUCUAUAAGACCAAAACAUUUUCAAAUUGUUUGUGUUCUGAUGUGCUCAGUUGUUCUCACUAAUACAAAUUAGAGAAUUUUUUUCAAAAAAUAACAAGCUUUUUCCAAUAUUUGACGAUUGUCUUUUGCAAGAUUCCCUUGAAAAUAUUCAAGUUGAAAUCAGAAAUAACCUCUCUAAAAAAUAAUCAGCCCCCGUUCAGCUAGUCACCAAUAGAUUCCAAAUCACCUGUUAUUAUCUUUAGUUUUUUUUAUGCCUUCCAUUCACAAUCGCCUCUUUUUAUUAAUCCUGCUUUGGUCUGUAUCUAAAUUGUAAAUUUUUCAAUUAUGAUCUCAUUCAAUCACUACAUCUAUGUAUCAGAAUAUGGAUUAUGUGUCUCUUGUUUUGUUUCACUUUUUUAGGCUCUCUUUAAUAUUACUAAGUGAUUACUGUAUCUUCAUUAUUUAUUAUAGUUUUCAUCCAACAAUGUACAGAAUGGUGUAUAUUAAGAAUAAAAUUGUUUUAUAUUAUGAUUUAUAA